AUGAUUACUAGACCCAAAAGGUUAUCAUACAAAGUUGAAAAGAAGAAUUUGGAUUUAACUUUCUUAAGAAACUGUCAGUCAUUUAAUGUUACACCGAAGUUUUUAUGUUUUAAUUUACCACACACCAAUUUUAAUGAUGGGCGAUUAAUACGUAAACGCUUACUGAAAAGUGCCAUUCACAAAGGAGAAAAAGAACGAAUCAAGUUAGGAAAAGAUUAUGUAAAUCACGUCCAAUCUCUUAGUGAUACCUUGAAUUCUAUAGAUUUCUAUAUUUUACGGAAAGCAGCCGAGAAAAGUGUUGAAAAAAGUAUUAGAAAAUGCAUUUUUACCCAAGAGAAGAAACUUAGAAGUCUAACUAAAAACGUCGCACCACCGUUUACAGCAGACGAAAUUGUCACCAAUUUAUCUUCGUACAAUUUGCUUGAUGAUGAGAGUGAAAUUUUAAAAAAUGGUCUGUCUUUUGCCAUUCCACCACUAACACUUAGGAAAACAGAUGUGUUUGUUUCGUUUGAAAGGAUUUAUCGAUUUAUGUCCUCAAAUUUGAAAGAUAAAAAUGAUGAUAAUCUUUUAAAGUCCAGCCUAUCACAUAUUGCGAACAGUUAUUACCACGAUUACCGACCCAGUCGCGAAGUUAUCAAAAAACAUGGUAUCCUGAAAAAGUUGAAGAAAAACAAUAUUGUUAUUUUAAAGCCGGACAAGGGAAAUGGGAUAGUAAUCUUAGACAGAAAGGAUUAUGAAAAAGGCAUCUUGGAUAUCAUUUUAGAUACUACUAAAUUUAAAAAACUCGACGAAGAUCCAACAUUGAAGAGAGAAGGACAGUUACAACGUUUUCUUAGGAAUUUAAAGAAAAAAGGUUUUUUUAGUGACAAAGUGUACAACGAUAUAUAUCCCAGUGGUUCUCAACCGGCCAGAAUAUACGGCCUUCCUAAAAUGCAUAAAUCUUUUGAAAAUUUACCUAAAUUUAGGCCUAUUAUAUCUUCUAUAGGCACAUGCAACUAUCAACUUGCCAAGUUUUUAGGUGGUUUAUUAUCUGAUGUAAUUCCCAAGGAUUACUGUACUGCAGAUACUUUCACUUUCGUUGAGGAAUUAAAAAAGGUGAGUAAAUCCGACAAGUUUAUGGUUUCUUUUGAUGUUUGUAGUCUUUUCACGAACAUACCAUUGAAUGAAACAUUAGAUCUUGCAGUUCAACUUGUAAUUGCCGGAAAUCGUAAACUCAAAAUCACAAAAUCUGAACUAAAACAAUUAUUCGUUUUUGCAACGUCAUCCUCGAAUUUUUUGUUCAAUAAUGAAAUGUAUGAACAGGUCGAUGGUGUUGCCAUGGGCUCGCCGCUGGCACCUAUUUUAGCGAAUCUUUUCAUGGGCGUUAAAGAAAAGGAAUGGAUAAAAAAUUACUCGGGUUGUGGUCCAACAUACUACCGUAGAUAUGUGGAUGACAUCUUUGCUUUAUUUAACGAUGAAAGUGAAGCUUUGGCCUUUUUUGAAUACUUGAAUCAGAGACACCCUAAUAUAAAAUUUACCUUAGAAAAACAAGUUGAUGGUAAACUUCCUUUUCUUGACAUUUUAAUUGAGAACACCAGUGACAAAUUUUAUACUUCUGUGUUCCAUAAGUCAACCUAUACUGGCCUUUUAACUAAUUAUUUUAGUUUCACUCCCAAAAUAUAUAAAAUAGGUCUCAUUAAAACACUAAUUGACAGGACUUUCAAAAUUAACAACAGUUGGAAACACUUUGACAUUAAUAUUAAGGCUCUGACUGAAAUUUUGAGAAAAAACUUUUUUCCUACAAAACUGGUAAACCACCAUAUUUCAAAUUACCUUGAUAAGAAUUUUUCUACAGCUGUCACUGCAGAGACAACUAAUGUAUUAGAAAAGAGGUAUUUUAAAUUGCCUUUUAUUGGCAAGUACUCUAUUACUGCCAAAGAAAAAGUCAAUCAACUUGUCAAUAAGAUGUGUAAAGAAAUCAAUGUUUGUAAUGCUAGCUAUGUGGGUGAAACCACCAGGCACAUUUCUAGUAGAGUUAAGGAACAUUUGAAAACUGAUAAAAACUCACAAAUAUUUAAGCAUAUGCAGUCAAAUCUUAACUGCAAAUUACUAUGUAACGAAAAUUGUUUUUCUAUUUUGGAUCAUGCAGACACUGAUUGGCAGAGGAAACUCAAAGAGGGUAUGCAUAUUUCUUGGUUGAAACCAGACCUCAAUAAACAAGUUAAGCAUUGCAUCAUCAAUUUAUCCGUUUAA